GUCUCACUUCCAUUUUCACACACAGUGAAAACCCGGCAUGUGUUUUUUUUUUUCGUUUUGUUGCGAAUCUUCUAAUCCACUGACUCGCUGAUGAGAAACCAAACUCGCAAAAAUUCCCAGAGGUAACUUUUUCAAUCUAGACAAGCUGGGUCUUUCACACAUCUUUACAUAUUUCUAAUUAUAUAGUAAGAGAUUCUAUGCGUAUAUUUUGGUUUUCAGGCAACCCAUAAACCUACAGUCAAAUGUUCAAUUCUUGAGAAUUCCAUUGUUGAGAAAAAUCCUAAUUUGUGGGUUCAAUUUGGUUUUGUUGUAUGUUCAAAGCUUCAUAUACAUUUUGCAAGAGAAGAAGUAGAGAUAUUGAGAGUUGAGAUUGGUUAUGUUAUAUGGUGCAACAAGUAUGUGUAUAUAUAAGGUGCUAUGUUUAGGCUUAGGGUUUUGAAACUCCUUUUCUUGAUGUUGGGGGUCAAACGGUUGUAACCAUGGCUUCUCUGGCUUCCCUGGUGAGUUUGGGAAGUGCGGGUACGAGUUCAUCUGGGAAUUUCGAAAGAUCAUUUUCAAUCGUUCAGAGAGUUUAUUUUUCUAGAAAUGUUCAUAGUUUUCACGGAAUUUUGGUUAAAAAGAGAUGGGGGUAUGUGGGGGUCUGUAGAUAUUCGGUAACAACCAAUUAUAUAGCUGAUCAAGGGACUUGUGCAUUGCUUGAUUCAACAUUUAGGGGCAGGAAAGGUGAUAAUUCUAAUAUUGUUCUCAAGGCGGCUCCGAAGGCAGUAUUGAAAUCCGGGUCUAAAGCCAAAUCCCCUUUAAACAUUAACUCAGUGCCUUGGGACCCUUCAAAAUUUAGUGGGGAUUCUGAUGAUGAUGAAGAGAGAAAUAAGGUGAUUGAGUCAUUGGGAGAGGGAUUAGAAAAGACAGAGAAAUUAGAAACUAGUAAAAGAGUGAGUGUAUCAGUUAGUAAACCAUUGACAAAUACAAGUACUGACCGAAGAAAUGGAAAACAAGUUAACUCAAUAGAUGGUCGGAAGUCCAAGAAUGCGAAGAGUGUGUGGAGGAGAGGGAAUCCGGUGGUUAGCAUAAAAAAAGAUGUUAAGGAGUCUCCUAAAAUUGAGAAGGUUCAGAAACGGGAAUCAAGGGUAGAGGGAGUGGGUAAGGUUCAGUCUCAGGUUGUUUCUCCUCUAAGACCACCUCAACCACCGGAAAAGGUUCAACCAAAAUUACAAGCAAAACACUUUGUAGCUCCACCACCUGUGGUCAAGAAACCUACUACUAUCUUGAAAGAUGUUGGGGUGUCUCCGAAGACAACAACAACUGAUGGAGCUGAUUCUGCUGAAAAAACGAAAGUUCACAAACCAAUAUUGGUUGACAAAUUUGCAUCAAAGAAGCCUGUUAUUGAUCAUUUGAUUGCUGAAGCAGUAUUAGCACCUUCGAAACCUGGAAAAGGUAUUGUCCCUGGAAAGUUUAAAGAUGAGUUUCGGAAGAAAAGUGGUCCAUCUGGUGGGCCACGGAGGCAUAUGGCUGAUAAUGUUGAGAUUCAUGAUGAGGAGGCCUCAGAACUCGAUGUUUCGAUUCGGGGUGCUACCACAGCACGAAAGGGAAGGAAAUGGAGUAAGGCAAGUCGGAAGGCAGCUAGACUCCAGGCUGCUAAAAUUGCUGCUCCUAUUAAAGUAGAAAUUUUGGAGGUUGGUGAAAAAGGUAUGUUGACUGAGGAGUUAGCCUACAAUUUGGCUAUCAGUGAAGGUGAAAUUCUUGGGUAUCUAUACUCCAAGAAGGGGAUAAAACCUGAUGGGGUGCAAACGCUUGACAAAGACAUGGUGAAGAUGAUUUGUAAAGAGUAUGAGGUGGAAGUCAUAGAUGCUGCCCCCACUAGAGUGGAGGAAAUGGCGAGAAAGAAGGAAAUUAUCGAUGAAGAUGACCUGAAAGGUCUGGAAGACAGGCCUCCCGUCCUUACUAUAAUGGGUCAUGUGGACCAUGGGAAGACAACGCUACUGGAUUAUAUACGGAAGAGCAAGGUAGCUGCCUCUGAAGCUGGUGGGAUUACCCAAGGAAUUGGGGCAUAUAGAGUGCUGGUACCUAUUGAUGGCAAGUUGGAACCAUGUGUUUUUCUUGAUACUCCUGGACAUGAGGUAACUUCUUUCUCUUUUAUUUGGCAGCCUUAUGCUGAUGUCCUCCAGAUGCUCCCAGACUACUGCCGCCUAGGUGAGGAUAUAUGGAUGGCGAGAUUUGGUCGGGUCCAGGCCGUGCCGGAUCGGUGUGACACCGAGUGGCGGUUGCAUGCGACGGAUAGACGUGGCCGAGCCAGCACUGACUGGAGUCAGCAUCAUAUGCGAUACAUACAGUUGUGGGAUGCCCGUCGCGACACUAUUGUACAGGCUGACUGGAGCGAUGGGGUCCUCCCCUCUCCCGACCCUUACAUGUUGUGGUAUCGGCGACAUACACACCUACUUGUCGGUAAUCCGAGCCACCUGUCCGAGGCCGGAUAUCAGGGAGUUGGGCCUUCUCUCGAGGCAUUGGUGGUUCGAGUUGGGAGGUCAUAUCACUUGGCUGAGGAUGCUAUUUUCAGACGUGAUGGACAGCUUGGUCUGCAGGCCCUUGUAGAGAUCAGAGAGUUAUUGUACGAGGGGAUCCAGCAUGCCCAUCGGGUAGAUCGUCUGCAUUUUGGGGACUACGGUGUACACACUGCAGCAGCUGCUCCAGACACAUCAGUCCCGUCCACGUCAGUGCCUUCCAGUUCAGCGCCAGCCACAGCAGGUCCUUCGACUUCAGUCACCCCACCACAUGAUACCCCAUACAUUUCUCCAUAUUCCCCACACGUACAUCUUACCCAGCAUGCUGACCCUGACCCUGAUUGGUCACCGCCCCGCUUCAUGCAUGAUGUUAUUACUCCACCCACCCAGUUACAGCCUUAUUGUCUUGUACAGCCUGACUGGUGGAUUGUACAGGUAGCUGCCUCUGAAGCUGGUGGGAUUACCCAAGGAAUUGGGGCAUAUAGAGUGCUGGUACCUAUUGAUGGCAAGUUGGAACCAUGUGUUUUUCUUGAUACUCCUGGACAUGAGGCAUUUGGGGCAAUGAGAGCUCGUGGAGCGAGGGUGACAGACAUUGCUAUCAUUGUAGUGGCUGCUGAUGAUGGUAUCCGUCCUCAAACAAAUGAGGCCGUAGCUCAUGCCAAAGCUGCUGGUGUACCUAUUGUGAUUGCCAUAAAUAAGAUAGAUAAGGAUGGAGCUAAUCCAGAACGAGUUAUGCAAGAGCUUGCUUCAAUUGGUUUAAUGCCAGAGGAUUGGGGUGGUGAUGUCCCAGUGGUUCAGAUCAGUGCUCUUAAAGGGGAGAACGUAGAUGAGUUGUUGGAAACCGUCAUGCUGGUUGCAGAGUUGCAAGAGUUGAAGGCUAAUCCUCAUAGAAGUGCAAAGGGCACAGUAAUUGAGGCUGGUCUUCAUAAAUCUAAGGGACCAUUAGCUACAUUCAUUGUGCAGAAUGGCACCCUUAAAAGAGGGGAUAUAAUUGUUUGUGGUGAUGCCUUUGGAAAGGUUAGGGCUUUAUUUGAUGACAAGGGGAAUCGUGUUGAUGAAGCUGGACCUUCUUUACCUGUAGAGGUCAUUGGAUUUAAUAAUGUUCCAAUUGCUGGCGAUGACUUUGAGGUUGUUGGCUCCCUUGAUGUUGCACGUGAAAAGGCAAAGGCACGUGCAGAGUCAUUGCGAAAUGAACGUAUUUCAGCCAAGGCUGGGGAGGGGAAGGUUACACUUUCUUCCUUAGCUUCUGCAGUUGCAGUUUCAUCGAGAGUACAGUCUGGAUUAGACUUGCACCAGCUGAAUAUCAUUUUGAAGGUUGAUGUUCAGGGAACUAUAGAAGCUGUAAGACAAGCCCUGCAGAUGCUCCCACAAGAAAAUGUCACUUUGAAAUUCCUCUUGCAAGUGACCGGGGAUAUAAGCUCCAGCGACAUUGAUCUUGCAUUUGCCAGUAAAGCCAUUAUUCUGGGAUUUAAUGUCAAAACACCUGGUUCUGUUAAGAGCUAUGCGGACAACAAAGGUGUUGAGAUUCGGCUGUAUAGAGUUAUCUAUGACCUUAUUGAUGAUGUGAGGAAGGCUAUGGAGGGACUUUUGGUGCCUGUUGAGGUUAGUUUUGUUCACGUAAAUGCUGGACUGGAGUGCGGAAUUGGGAUGGACGACUUCGGUGAUUGGGAGGAAGGGGAUAUUCUUGAGGCUUUCAACGUGGUGCAAAAGAAGCGGACGCUUGAAGAGGCAUCAGCCACAAUGGCAGCUGCACUUGAAGGAGCGGGAAUUAAACUAUAACUAUAUGGCUCCGGCUGAUGCUUAUUUUUUGUGUGUGGAUCAGAUGGCUGUUGGUCAUUUGUCCACGUGUUUUUGUCUCAUGCAGAGGUGAGGUACGAUCCGUUCCCGGUAUUUUGACAUAACUCAGUAAAUGUGAUAUGGAUGAGAACCCUUUGAUUUCAAUCUGUCCCUAAAUACUUGACGCGGAGGGUAUAAGCUGACAAGAGUCUUGGUACAUUUUUGUAUGCUAUUUCGCUGUAAAUAGUAAAUUAUAUCAGAUUUCAUCGCUGUAAAUAGUAAAUUAUAUUUUUUUGUAAUAGGAACUCGGGCCAUUCAUUUAAAUGAUAUGAAGAUUCAAGUA